CAGAUUUGUCCGGUGCCGGAAGACCCGGCCACCCGGUUUCACGCGGCGUGCCACGAUGGGCGUGCGGGACUUGUUGAAGGUCUUGAAAAAGGUCAAGCCCGAGGAGAGAGCCUUAGAGGAGCCUCCUGCGAAUCCGAGCCAAGAGGAUGUGCUGAUGGUUGACUUCCAAGCUUUCUGCUUUUGGCUCUUGGCCAGCUUUGAGGACGAAAUUUCCUCCUGGGGCUUUGCGAAGGUUUCGUCCCUGGCCGCGUCCUUCGUGCAUCGCUUCCAGCGCUGCGGGGUGCUCUGCAAAUUUGUAGACGAUGGGGCUCGGGGUAGCGCUGGGGCGGCAGAGAUGGAGAGCAAGUUGGAGGAGUGGAAGAGCCGAGCUGAGCAGAAGCUCGGGACCGUCAGAGAUCUCAAGCUCUACCUCCAUGGCAGCGCCACAAAACCCGUUGGUCCCCCGCAGCGCGGCGCGCUCUUCGAGGCCGCCGUGCGCCAGGGCCUCCAGGGCCUCCAGGGCCGCGACGCCGCGCCCGCCGCGGUGGUCACGGCCUUCGGCGAGGCGGAUCCGGUGCUGGCGGCGGAGCUGAUGAAGCCGAGGACCAUUGGCAUCCUUGGGAAUGACACAGACUUUGUCCUGAUGAAGCAUGGUAGGUUUAUUCACCUCGAUGAACUGAAGCGCGAAGCGAUUUUCACCUCGGGGCACAGCAAGUUGGUGUUGCCCAUCUGGAGCCGCCAGAGGCUGGCAGAGGUGCUCAAGGUUCGCGAGGAGGUGCUGCCAAUGGCCGCAGCACUCUGCGGCAACGACCUUUCCAGAGUCUUGAUGGAAAAGUGUCGCAAGGGGCACCUACCAGGCCCUGAUGGUGAACAGCUGACGGACCAAUUUGUCCAACUGGCACAGCUGCUGCAGAAGGGCCUGGACGAAGGCUGUAGCCCCGAGGAGAAAGCCUUGGAACUCCUGGCACCAGCGCUGCUGAGCAGCGAGGAUUACAACUAUGCCAUUAAGGUACUGACAGAUGUGCAACGUUUCUAUGCGCCGAGGGUGGAGUCGAAAAUGGAGAUCAAAGACAUCACCAUCACCACGGUGUACUCAGAAGUUCAGUCUGGAAAGAUCCCCAAGUGGUGCUGGCCCCUAGCGGCCCAUGGCCUUUACUACGCUUCGCGGGUGCUGGAAGAUCCAGGUCUGGCCUCCGCCAGCGCGCUGCUGUUGAAACUGAAGGAAGGCGCCUUCUCCGUCCUGGCUCGGAGGAUGCCUCCGCAGGGCAAGGUCCACCGGGUGAAGCUUCGCCUCCUUGGAGCGGUCUCCGAAACAGAUCUCUUUCGCGACACGGAGAAAUUGAUUGAGCAGGAAGUUGAUCUGCUGACCACCCGGAAGUGGGUUCCGCGCAUUCGCAAGUCGUGGAUCUUGGAGCUGGUCGAAGGGCCCAUGGCCGCCAGCCGCGGCUGGGACGAGGAACGCGCGCUGAGUGUGCGGGAGCUGCACUUGUUGGCGCUGCGCUUUACCAGGCGCUGGGCGACGAAGUUGAAGGUCACAAGGGUGGAGCUGGAUGCCAUGACCAGCAUGGCCUGGCUACUCCUCUCCUCCGACGCUCUGAGCUCUGCUCAGCAUGCACCCGCCGUGACGCCGAGCUUUCGUUGCGUCAGCCUGGGGGCGUGGUACCAGGAGGUGCUAGUGGCGAUUUGGGACUUAGCCAAGUUGAUGCACGUGGCGCCCCACUGCGAGAUCUACCAUCUCUUCGACGGCCGCGUCUUCCUCCGGUGCCUGGAGUUCUUCGACGCCGCUUCCUCGAGCCCGGCGCCAGCGGCGGCGAAGCGUUGGGAGCCGAAGAAUAAGAAGCCACGGAACUGGAUCAAUGGCGAAAACAAUGGCCAAGGUGACUGUGAGCGCCUCCGAGGAGGCUUGGAGACCAUGCGCCGCAGCGAGGGCUACAGAAAUUGGUGCAGCGAGGUGAACAUGGGUCUAGAGACCCUGCCGCUGCACCGAACAACCUCGACGUCGCCGGAGGGGACGACACCGUCGACGUCGCCCACGGAGGGGAAGGGCCUGCCCAUUGAGGAACACAAGGAGAAAUUAGAGGCUGCACUGAUGACCAACCGAGUGGUCUGCGUGCAUGGAGAAACGGGUUCUGGAAAGAGCACACAAGUUCCCCAGUACAUCCUGUCCCUCUUCCCGGAUGCCCAGAUCGCCGUGACGCAGCCGCGACGCAUGGCCGCGGUGAACUUGGCCAAGCGCGUGGCCAAGGAACGCUGCGAGGACCUUGGUAUCUCCGUGGGCUACCGCAUCGGCGGCGACAGCGUCAUUGGACGGCGCCUGAACUUCCAAACCACCGGCUGGCUCCUAAGGGCCUUAGUCAGCAACACCAAUCGCUUGGGAAGUUUGACGCAUGUGGUCUUUGACGAGAUCCAUGAAAGGUCAGCGGACGCGGAUUUCUUGAGUCUGGUCACACGACUGUUGCUCCAUCGUUUUCCGAAUGUUAAACUCGUCAUCAUGUCGGCAACACUUCAGGCAGAUCUCUUCCGGGUCUAUUUUCAUGAGCUAAAGGAUGGAACAGAGGUGCCACUGGUUGCGGUGGGUGGAAAAUGCUUCGAGGUGCAAAAAGUCUUCCUGGACAACAUCAAGGACUACUGCAAGGAGGGCUUAAGUCCUCAGUCUUCAGCCCUCGUGACGCGGCUCUUGCAGAAGUUCAAGGACCAGGGUAUGGGGCAAAAGAAGGCGCAGGCGUUGACGGAUCAUGCCACCCAAUGUGCACCGUUGAUCCUCGAUCUCCUGGCCUGUUUGGCCACCUCCGGCUGUACGAUCUUAGUCUUCCUGCCUGGGCUUCAGGAAAUCACCAACCUCUUCGACGAGUGUCAGCAGCUUCUUCAGGCCCAGGAUGGCACCGCCAGUUCCGAGGAUGAGAUGGGCGCGCCGAGGACCUUCAAGAUGAAGUUCAAGGUCUUUGCAAUGCAUUCGCAGAUUCCCAUGGAAGACCAACAGCACGUCUUCCAGGCGCCGGAGCUUGGCGUGUGCCAUUUCGUGUUGGCCUCCAACGUGGCCGAAAGCUCGCUGACGUUGCCCAACGUCUGCGCGGUGAUCGAUCUGGGGAUGAACAAACAGCAGGUCUACGAUCACCGGAUGAAGAUGACCUACUUGGCCCUGAAGUGGACCAGCAAAGCCUCGGCCCAUCAGCGCAGCGGCCGUGCGGGGCGGACCAUGGCAGGCGUGGUGCUGCGCUUGUAUCCGGAGGAGUUCUUCCACGCGCUGCCGGAGUUCGAUCGUCCCGAGACCGCGGUGCUGCCACUGCCGCGGCUCUACCUCCAAGCGAAGCAGUUGGCCCAAGAUCUGGCCGCGGCGGAGCGGGAUGGCGAGGCGCCCAGUACCGCCUGCUCGGUGCUCACGGGCUUAGUGGAUCCGCCGGACCUGUCCAUUAUUGAGGCGAGCCGCCGCGAGCUAGCGCAAAACUGGGCACUUGAGGCGCCACUUGAAGAGGCAGAGAUGACGAGCAUCGGAAGGAUCUGCUUGAGUCUUCCAUUCGAUUUGAGCCUGAGCCGUUUGGUGUGGCUUAGCAUCCACUGGGGCUGUGUGGUGGACGGUGUCAUCUUGGCAUGCAGCUUAGCGGUGUCGGAUCCCUUCUCCACGCCCACGCUCUUCGCCUUCCCAAACAUCGUGGAGCUUGGCCAGCGGCUGCGCAAGAGCAACCGCUCCCGGCGGCACUUCGACCAGGGCAUGGCCUCCCAACCGUUGGCCCUGUGGCAACUCUUCCAGGAAUUUUGGAGGAGCUUUGAUCACAAUUCAACGAAAGAUGGACGGAAGUUGUGGCUCAAGCAUGCUCACGGCAUGGCAGCGGAGCACGCGAUCAUCCCCCGUAGGAUGACCGAAUUCGUGGUGCAGGUGGACGAGGUGGCUCAACGGGUGGUGCCUCUACUGAAGGAGGGCAGCGAUGGGCACAAGAAACUCUGCAAUUUGUUGAGCGGCUUGGGGCGCAGAGUCGACAGCAGCAAAACCUUAGGCACGGAGUUCACGGAUGACCCCAGCUACCAUGGAUUUACCCCUUGGAGCCAAGAGGAGGAGCUGGCCCUGGGUGAGUUGGCACAGCAAAGCAAGGCCCAAAGGGCGAAGGAGGUCAAGAAGGUGAAGGACCCCUUAGCGCAAGCUACGUUCGAGACGGAGGUGGACGUGCUUCGCGCCUUGCUGGCUGCCAGCUUCUCAGAGAAGCUGCUGACCACGCAACGCAAGGCGCAGGAGGCCAAGAGGUGCGCCAAGGCUUUCCGGCAGAUGGCCGAGAACUCCGAUCCGCAGCGCAGCAUUCUGGUGAAGCUGCCCUUGGAGAAUCUGAAGGAUCUCCCAGGUGGCCCGGAGAGAUUGGUGCAGUUGAUGUUGGAUACCGGCCGUGGAGUGAGGCAGGUGGGCGUUGUGGGUGAAGACGAGAUUGUCGUUGAGCUGCAAGGUUCACCCGCAUCCAUCUAUCGACCAUCGCCUAGCGACGCCGUCCAUCAACUGCCCAGCAGGGCAUCGGCCGAGACGUCAAUUUUUGGUUCCCCAAAGGGUUCGUUGCUGAUGCCUAAUGACCUGGACCCUGAGCUGCACGUGUUGAACCAACUGACGCGCAGGAAAUCUGGAGUUUGUCAAAUCGAUGUGAACAACGUGGGAAGACAGAGAGGUCCGGCAGAGCAGAAGAUGGUGCAGUUGCCGGUGACGCGUCCCUCGCACCCGUGCCAACUGACCUGGGAAGUCCAUGCCUCGGCCGAAGACGAUCAGAAGGGACGCAACAGCACCGUGAGGAGAGGCAUUCCAGACGCGCAUAGUCUCAUUGGGUUCAUCUGCCACGUGCCAAAAGUCGAAGCGAAGAAAGAUCAAACCCGAGAGUCGUCUUCAAAGGAGUUCGCGCUGGAGCUGGAGAAAGCAAUUCUGGAACUGGAUCAACCUUGGUAUGGCUGCUGUUGCCAUUUGACCUACACGCAGAGCAACAUCUGCUUCCUCUCAGGUUUGACCGUUCUUCACCCGAAGCAUCUCAAGUUCUUGCUGCUUACUGCGGAUCCGCAGCAGACGAAUCUGGCGCUGCGUCUGAACGAUGCCUUGGGGCUCCAGGCCGUGAGGAUCCAUCGGAAGGAGAUUCCCAUGGAGGUCAGUGCGGAGGAGAUGAAGGUGGUGGACGAGUUUCGCGAGAAGUUGCGAGACUCCCUGAAAGAUGGCUCCAGCUUCUGCGAAAGUCCCGUGAUCGACAAACUCCGCAAGUUCUGCCUGUCAGGUCAGGAGGAACAGGCUCCCGAGAACGUCAAGACGAACGGGAAGACAGGGCCUACACAGAAGCAAGGCCCAAACAAACUGCGAGCUGGCGGUGUCUGGAUCCAACCUUCCACGGGUCCAGUGGAGCCGUUGAUCCCUGAGAGGAAGGAUCGCGAUGUGGAGGUGCUACAGAGCACCCUUCGUAUCCUGUUGCAAGAUCAGCGCAAGACCCAGUCCAAGGUCAUUUGGAAGAAGCUACGCCGAGAACUGCUUUGGUGCGGCAAAACCGAGGAUGCGAUGGAAGCAACUUUGAAAAAACACGCGGAUCUCUUUCAGCGUGAGGGCCUGCAGUGGAAACUGGUGCCAUAGCGGCCGCCCGUGACUUCUCGACCCCCAGCACUGCCGUGGAACGCCGUUGCUGACGACAAUUCAUAGGUUUUUUUUUUCUUUUUCAG